AUUGGAAGUUACACAUUUUUUUGUUGCUCACUGCGAAGCUUCGUGAAUCGUUUCCCGCAAAAUUUCUAUUUUCCAAUCAUGGAUUCUUCUGGUUGAUUAUAGCUACGGAGACACGUCGACUGUUUUUCACUUGGAAUCUUCAAAGAUUACACAGGAAAACACAGAAAUAUUGUUUGACCCUGUGAAACAGACUGGAGGAUGGACAGCGAAGUGACUGUUAUCUCCAAACCCUUUGUGGAUGUGCGCCUCACCAGCACCAUCUCCUCCUUCCUGGUGAACCGCAGGUUCAACAGAGGGAUUCGUAUAGCAGAACUGAAGGGAAACUUGGAGAUGAUCGUGGGCGCCCCUCCAUCCUGUAUGGACCUGGAGUUGUACAGUGUUUCUGACAAGUUCCUACAAAAGCUCGAAGACGACGAAGCUCUGCUCGGCUCUUAUCCUGUGGACGAUGACUGCAGGAUACAUGUCAUUGAUCGAAGUGGAGGGCAGCUUGCAGAGUUCACCGAUGUUUCCAAAGUGCAGAAAUUCGAGCUCUCGGACAACGACUAUGAUAAGAGAACAGAUUCAGCAAGGGCUUUCAUGAAGAAACAACAGAUCGGUCACUACAACGAGGAGGAAAUGGCCAGGAAGAAAGCAGAACUGGCUGCUCGAAACAAAGAACAGGAGGCUGCUGCCGAGGCCAUUUCGGUCGGCAGCCGCUGCAAAGUGCAGGUCCCCGGGCAGCCCACGAAGCUUGGCACAGUCAUGUAUGUCGGUACGGCAGACUUCAAACCCGGCACCUGGGUUGGCGUGAAGUACGACGAGCCCCUGGGAAAGCACAAUGGAACCGUUGAUGGCAAGCAGUACUUUGAAUGUCAGAACAAGUACGGUGCGUUUGUGAAACCCCUGAAUGUGACUGUGGGAGACUUCCCCGAGGAGGAGUACGAUCUGGAUGAGAUGUAGGAAUCAGCUGUUGUGUCCUGAAUUUCAAGCGCCAAGUUCUCAUUAAAGAUGGAGUCAAAUUGUACUUUUGAUUUCCCCCUGGAAGGCAUCCUCUGAAGGCACUUUAGCCUCAAGUUUUCUCUCUGUAACUUCAGUGCAACAUGACACUGGCGACUGUCGCUCUUUAGUAACGCCCGAGGAGGAGCUAGCAGAAGCAAGGCGUCACGUUUUCAUCACUUACUCCACGCACUUUUGUUUUACUGCGAUCAUUGUCAUGCCGAGUUUUCUGUACAAUUCAACAACCUGUUAAAAAAAAAAAAAAUUGAAGUUGAUGUGUUCAAAUUUGUUGUAUAUAACUGUAUGAUUGUCUGGAGUAUUUUUUUUUUUUUCUUUUUGGUAAAAUUACUGUGACACAUCUGAGGUGAGUUUAAUUUAGAUGUACCUAAACACAACAUGCCAAUAAAAACAGGAUCUGAAUUUAAUUUCACAAUAAGCAGACUAAUAAUUGAAUUUUUAAAGCAGAUUCUAACUCCUCUACAGUUCCUCUCAGUGGUCCAUGUUGAGAGUCAGCGGCACCAGCUUCAUCCUCUUCUUUCUGAAAUGAUCAAAACAGAAACUUCACUAAUGUAAUACUUUUUGUUUAUAUGUUGAAAAUAAAUGAAGUGACAACAGGAUGGGAAAAGAACCUUUUCUGAAUUCAUCUUACUAAAAAUAUAGUUGCACUAAAAUGUGUCCUUAUAUUGAAGCAUUAAAACAUGUUUACAGUUCAUGACUUCAAGGUCAAAGUUUGACUUUUUUUGUUUUUAAACUUUAAAUUCCAGUGUCUGAUUGUGAUCAGGUAAGUUUUUUUCAAUUCCACAGCUGUUCAACAAAAUGGAACUGGAGCUGAAAAUGUCCUCUAAAAAACACAUUGUUUAGUUUAAAGUCAGUUUAUUGGGAUUAUUAGAAGGAGAAAA